CGGGCGCAAGUGCAGCAAUGUGAAAUUUGUAGUAGGCUAUUUGUUCUGGAUGCCAUUUUUGCUUUUUUGAUUUUUAAAGGGGUGCAGCGCUUAAGGGAUACUGUCUCGGCCGUGUGAUUGUCAACAAGCAGGAGGGUUUUGCUGCGCGCAGAAUAGCAGUUUUAUUGGGCAGGGAGGUUGAAUGGAGGGGGGAAACUGCGGGGACGCUUGAGCGCCAGUAGAGUGCACUCCGUUCCUCGCGCAUUGGGUCAUUCCUAAAGGCAGCGGACUUUCUUCAGCACCUCGGGAACACUGUAGCUACAUGAUCGCUUUCAAGGACACCAUAAAAUCUUUCAUGCAGCCCUGGUUGUAACGUUUCAGCGACCUCGGGGGCUCACUUUCGCCCUCGUCUCUCCGUUAAAUAUCUGAAUGCUGUGGUCUGCUCUCUGAGCGUACAUUUGGAUUGGAAGUGAACCGACGCUGCGUGAAAAAAAUAUAUAUCUAAACAUGGAAUUAUGGAUAAAGUUAAUGUUGUUGGGCAGUUGCUGUAUCGGUGCAAGUGCAGAGUUUGACGGCAGGUGGCCCAGGCAGAUGGCCUCCUCCAAUGGGCUUUGCCGUUACGGUGCGAGGAUCGACUGCUGCUGGGGAUGGACCCGGCGCUCCUGGGGCCACUGUCAGCCCCUCUUCGUCUUAACGCACAGGGUAGCCAGGAUAAGGUGCCGGCCCCAAGCUGUCUGUCAGCACGGCUGCAAGCACGGGGAGUGCGUCGGGCCAAACAAGUGCAAGUGCUUCCCCGGGUACACCGGAAAGACCUGCAAUCAAGACGAGGAGUAUUUAACCCCCCCAAUAUGGGACAGUCAUCCUCCUAUCUUUCUCCCCCCGGACGUCCAGCCAGCAGGUGUCCCUCCAGAGGAUCUCAACGAGUGCGGACUGAAGCCCCGACCCUGCAAACACAGGUGCAUGAACACCUACGGCAGCUACAAGUGCUACUGCCUCAACGGCUACAUGCUGAUGCCCGACGGCACAUGUGGAAAUGCCCGCACGUGUGCCAUGGCCAACUGCCAGUACGGCUGCGAGGUGAUGAAAGGAGAGGUGCGGUGCCAGUGCCCGUCGCCCGGGUUACAGCUGGCCCCCGAUGGCCGCACCUGCGUGGAUGUGGACGAGUGCGCGACGGGCCAGGCGGUGUGCCCCAGGUUCCGGAAGUGCAUCAACACCUUCGGCAGCUACAUAUGCAAGUGCCACGAGGGAUUCGAGCUCCAGUACGUUAACGGGAAGUACCAGUGCACAGAUGUGAAUGAGUGCACUUUGGCACAGCACCAGUGCGGUAGCUUCUCCGUGUGCUACAACACGCCGGGCUCCUACAAGUGCAAGUGCAAGGAUGGCUUCCGUGGGAUGGGCUAUGACUGCAAACCCAUCCCUAAAGUGAUUAUUGAACCGCCCAGACCUGGGAAGGAAACACCAGAUCCGAACAAGAUCCCAGACUCUGACCGCAAGAGGACCACCACCGUCCGCCCACCCGUAACACCCAAGCGAAUCCCUACCACCACCACCCGUGCCACUGCACCACCACGCAGGCCCCCCCCGCCCCCCACCCGGAAACCGGCCGUCCCCACCCGCAGGCCGGUAGUCCCCACCCGGAGGCCGGUUGUCCCCACCCGCCGACCGAUCAUCCCCACCCGCCCCCCACCCACGCGGAGGGUCCCCACCCGCCCCCCACCCACGCGGAGGGUCCCCACCCGCGCACCUUCCGUCCCCGACAACAGCAUCCAGAAGGAGGUCACCCAGAAGCCGAGGGGCGACGUUCACAUUCCUCGCAAUCCUGGACAGAACAACGUGUUUGGGGUUGAUUUUGACAUUGAACUUGGAAAUACUGCAGAAAAUGCAAAGGAUGACUCAGGAGCUGGGUUUCUUAGCUGUACCUUUGAUAAUGGACUCUGCGGUUGGAUCAGAGACAGAGAGGGAGAUUUGCAUUGGGAAACCACAGCAGAUCCGUCAGGUGGAAAGUACCUGACGAUCCCAGAGGUGGGGAACAAGAGGAGCGGUCGAGGGGCGCGGCUGGUCCUCCCGCUGACUGAGCCGUGGAAUUCGGGCAACCUGUGCCUGUCCUUCCGCCACAAGCUGGCGGGGCACCACGUGGGCGUGCUGCAGGUGUUCGUGAAGAAGGGCCGGCAGUACAGCCCGGCGGUGUGGGGCCGGACCGGGGGCCACGGCUGGAGACACACCCAGAUCACGCUGUGGGGGACGGGCUUGGAGAGCGUGAUCCUGAAGGGCGAACGUGGGAGGGGCCGGAGCGGAGAGAUGGCGGUGGACGACAUCAGCCUGAGCAAGGGCUCGUGCACCGAGGAGCACAACCUGAGGAGACUUUAACACGGGCGCUGACAGACACAGGGACACAGGCUGCCCCCACCCACCACCCCCCUCCAACCCCGAGAGGCCUCCUCGCUCCACUCGAGCCCGGCUCCGCCCACAUGACAUGGCCGGGGAGCCGUUCUGAAGAGGGGUGCCCGUUUUCAGUCAAAAAAAGGAAAAUUUAAAAAGGAAAAAAAAAAAAACUUUGAACAGGAGGACGGACUUCCCAAUUGGUUCCUUGUGGUUUCCCCUCCCUGGUUCUUUGCAUACUGUAUUUAAUCUGUGCAUGCUCCUAUAACAUGCUCAUUAUAACAAGGUGCAAAAUUCGCACAGCCAAAAAAUGCCUAAAUUGAGUCACUGUUACAAAAAUAAGCAUAUUCUAUUUGGGCUGGUGUUUCAUACUGUGUGGCCAUGUGGUUUAUUGAACGAACCCCUCUAAAUUUUCAGCAGGGUGAGUGGCCACCUGUGGUUAGGUAAUACAGAAACUCACAUGAAGUAAGCAGGAGCACAUUGAUUGGGUGACAUCACACAACUCUUUGGAAAAAUGGUUUGUCAAGGUCUGAUGAUGUCAGUCACUUUAUUAAAAUACGGUGAUGGUCACCAGCAACUGAGGAAUUUACUUACUUCAAUUGAGUUAUGGAUCAUAGAGCAGUUUUCUCUACAGAUUAUUUGUAUGAAAUAACCAGAAAAUUGGGUUUUGAGAAAACAACUUUUACUGGCUUGUCAAGAUAAUUAUUCUUUUCUAAAGUUCUCCAGAGGUUUUACACAUUUAUGAUAUUCAUGUGAAAGUAUCUAUAUCCUUAUACCCUGGUAAAGGAUCAGUUGUGUCUGUUGAAAUGCAUAUUUAUUUAAAAGAGAACUGAAAAUAUAUAAUGUUUUCUAUGAUAUUCACCUGAGAACGCUGUUUGUUUUCACUUUAAUUGCACCAAUAACAAUCAUUUCACUUGUGUUCAUGAGUAUAUGAUGCCAGUGUCACUUGCAGUAUGUAGUGUUUGAGGCUUUAUACCUGUAGGAAUGGUAUUAUGUUAUAAUGACAUUGUGCAAUUCCUCAAAUUUAUGCAGGUGUGGUCGACUUCUGAGAUGAAUUUGAUGCACUUGUUCUUAUAAAACACACUGAAAUGUCAGACCUUGGUACUGUACCAUGCUAAUUCCUAUUAACUGCUAUUAGCAUUACACAACCCUGUAUGUUUUUUUUUCUGUUGGUUUUUUGUUUUUUUUUAAACAUAGUAUUACAAUGAAUGUCUAACUCAGACAGGAACAGUACUGUACUAUUUCUGCCAUUUCAACAUUGACAGUGACUGAAUUCCAAUGCAAUUCAUUUUGUUCAAUGUUGCCUAUUAUAUUGAUAAUGGUCUUGAAUUACUUUUGAGUUACACAGUGUAUUAUUGUAAAUGUAGUCAUGCGUGUACACAUAUUUCAUUCAUAGUUUUGCUAUAUAAAACAUUGCAGGAUAACAGCUAUGUGAAGUUAUUGAUUGGAAACUAUCUAGCUGUCCCUGCAGUUAAAUAUCAAAGUGUUAAUUAAAAGCAAAAAUUGAGACCAUGUGGAAUGCAGACACAAAUUGAUGCUGGUUUUUGAUAUUUUCUGGUAAAAAAACAAAUACAUUUCAUAUUGUAUUACUCCUGUACAUUGAGUGCAAAAUAGCACUAAACGUACAAACAUAUUGCUUGGUUGAGCCCAAAGAGCUAGUGUUCUUAGCCAGCUUAGCAAUUUCAGAAGAAAAAAAACUUCAUUAGAGUUCAAUCUGUCUUCAAAUACAAAGUGAUACACAGAAGCUAAGAUGAGCUAAUUGGGAGUUACCAUAUACUUUCCUUAUUCCUCCAAUGAUAUAAUGGUAUGGAACAUAAUUUUAGGCUCCAUUCCAGGCAUUGUUGUUAAUAGGUUCAGUACAUGCUUUAAAAGUGCACUUGGCUUUCACAUUUCAUUUGUUUAAAGACAUUCAUACAGUGUUUGUGUCUGUAAAACUUGCCUUCAUUUGGCUGCAUCAGCCAUCGUGUCCGCAUAGGUAUGCCCAUUCCUUGUCCCUUUGAAGAGAACUACCCUGAUAGGUACUGUACAGUGUAUUGAUGAUUUUCUUUCCCUUGAAGAAGUGUUAAUUAAAGUGUUAUUGUUCA